GCUGAGAUAUGGAGCAUAGAUAUAGUAACCAAAGAGUAUGGAUCUGGACCUCUGUAUACUCGAGAUGUAGAAACUGGAUUGAUAGAGAUCAAAAGUCAUGUAAAGGUAUGUUGUCUCCCAAUAGCAUUCUCUGAAUGGCACUGCUCUGUUACAGCCAGUAUUGAUGGUGAAGUGGAAUGACUACAGGUCAACCUAGAGAUAAGUUCCAGCCCCAGAUGUUUACACCAGUGGAAACCACACAAUGGAAAGCCUAUGUCUUGUUUGUUCUUUUUAGAUGAUCAUAAAAACUGCAGCCCUGAUGCUCAAUUUUGGAAAUUUGCUGUAACUGGUUCCAGCAACAACCAGGAGAUUAAAAUCUGGAGUUGUGAGUCGUGGAACUGUCUUCAAACAAUCAGGUUUCUGUGUCCACCAGGAUUGCCGUCUAAUUUUAGUGUGGAGCCAUGUAUGAAAGCUUCCAUAGACCUUAGUGCCAAAUUCUUUGUUCUUUCUGAUAUAAAAAGAAAUGUCCUGUAUGUGCUACAAAUUCAUCAAGAUAGUGAACAGAAUACUGCUCAUGUAAGCUCAGUAUCAGAGUUUACUUUAGCCCAGCCUUGCCUGAGCUUUGCUAUAUUAGAUGCUGGUACCAAGAGAUUAAAAAAGUCUAAGGGAGAUGACUCUCAUCUAGAUGAAAUAACUACAGGAGAGAUAAUAAAGGAAGAUGUUGAUGAUGAAGAUAAGAAGGUUGAACAAAACACAUCCAGUAUCUCUGUACAGAUUAAACUUUACACCGUCCAUCCAAAGGCCUUACAGGAAUUGCUCAUCAGGUUCAAACCCGAGUCCUCCGCCCCACAGCCCCCACCACCAUCUGUCAGCUCGGUAUCACAGAGUGAAGGUGGGAUGGUAGAUGGGCUCUCUGACAUCAGCAUGAACAUGGAGGGUAGUGGAGAACAUAACAAGAGUGAUUCUUUCUCCGGAGCUGUCACAGAACAUGCCCUGGGACAACCUGUGCUUCUAACUCCCGAUGCUUUUACUUCUAGUCCUAGAAAGCAAUAUCCAGAGGACAGUAUGCUAGAUGGUGUCCGAGGCAGUAUGUCUAGCACCAGCAGUUUUACCCAGGUAUCUGCUAUGAAUGAUGACUUCCUGUCACCAAGGAGCAGCUCUGGUAGCACCAUUACCCAGACUCCAACCACGCCAAAAAUGGAGCCCCAGUCCCCAGCUACAUCCAAAAGUGAAACAACACCAUCCUCUAUCCCGCUCCCACCUAUUUCUUCCAGUGAAGAGCAUGAACUUGCUACUCCCACCUCCACUGCUAGAGAGCCAGAAGUAAGGGAAGCUACUCCAACACCUGAGGAGACACAGGAAGUAGAUGAUUUCUUCCAGCAGCAGACGACCGAGAAGCGAGACUUGCAGAUGGUAUCAUUGGACAGUACACAAAGUACAGGGGCAUAUGAAGUAUCAGAAGGAAGAAUACAUGGCAAGUCACAGAGCUCCUAUGACGAGAUGGAUGAGGAAGUGGCCGAGGUCAUGGGGGAGGACCAGGACGGAUAUUCCGAGGGGCCAACCGAGGGUACACAACCAUUUGAGGAAAGGGAGGAUACUGGUCAAGUAGGUGAGAGUACAGAAUCAAGUUUGAGGAUGUGGCCUAAACCACCUGAUGUUGGAGGCUCAAUCACAAUGGAGUCAUAUUUCACAAUGUAUUAUGAAGAAAUAGGGACAGCUAUUGAACUUGGCCAGGCAUCGGGCAUCACACUUCAGUUAUGUUUUUGUAUUCAAGUUGUCACAUUAUGUGGCUUAAAUUUAUAUUUAAUAAAAUUACCCUUGAACCAGAAUUUUUUCAACAUUAUAUGUUGUAUGUACAUCUGUAGGGUUGGAGAUGUUGAUGACACAGAGAAUGUUGAUGAAGAGGAAGAAGAAGGUGAAGAUGAUGAUGAUGACGAUGAUGAUGUAGUGGUUGAAGAAGAAGAGGAGAAUGUAGUAGAGGGUGAGUCAGAGGGAGAAAAAGAGGGCGAUGCUGAUGAGGAAAUAGAAGAGGAGAUAGAGGAGGAACAAGAACCCUCCGAGGAAAGUAUGGAUAACAAGAGGGAACCAAUGGCAGCCCCUGUUGCAGGAUCAGGCUAUUCCUCUUCACCAAGAGACAAUAGACCAGUUGAAGUGAGAGAAAUACACAGAGAGACUAUUAGAGAAGUGUUUGACACAGCAGAAAUACGGAAGUUACAUUCCAGUAUGGCUGCCAUACUUCAAGCUAUACAGAAUCAACAACAACAACUGGAAUUUCUGAAACACAAUAUGUCUGCUCAACAAGAAAAUUAUCUUGAGCUACGACGUCGGCAGCUGGAACAGGAACAGUUACAUCAAGUAUCUGAAGGUGCCCAGCCAAGUAUAGAGGAACAUCUUGGUAAACUAGAGAACAUUGUUACAUCAAGGGUAGAGAGAUUGUUUAAUCAACACUCACAGAAAGAAAAUCAGAGAGUACAGGAUAUAAUGAGACAAGCAGAGGCUCGUGAUGAACGUAAACAAGAGAGAUUACAGAAUACAGUAGCUACAUCACUCGCACAGGCAGUAAACAGUCACAUGGAUAAAGUAGUUCGUAGCACUAUUGUUCCCAGUAUAACAAAAGUAUUGGAACCAGUGAAAGACCAGAUACAUCAAGACAUGACACAGAAACUGACAGCAGCUGAUUCCCUCAUCAGAGAAAAUGCUUCCCACAUUGCCAAGACAUUCAGAUCACGGCAAACAGUAGAGGCUGUGGGUGUGGCAGCAGGCAAUGCCAUACAGGCACCAAUGCAGGCUGCAUACCGUGAAGCAUUCCAGAAUAUUGUAAUACCUUCUUUUGAGAGAACUACACAAAACAUGUACCAACAAGUUACAGAUACCUUCCAGAGAGGUACAAAAGAAUAUACUAGACAACUGGAAUCACAUCUCGACAGUAUUCGACAGAAACAUGUAGAAGCACGGGAUCCAGUUGUUGCAGAAUUACGAAAACUUACCGAUUCCUUCCAAACAUCAGCUGAACAAAUGAAAUCUCAUGUGAUAGCAACAAUUCAAUCUCAACUCAGUAAUGAAGUCCAUAAAUCUCUAUCAAGGUUACAAGAUGAUAUGUCCCUGUAUGUGAGGGAAGCUGUGAGGGAAGAGGUAGCGGUUGCUAUGAGGGAGCAGGGAAGCUCCAUUAGUGAUAGUGUUCUUAAUGCUAUGAGGUCAGGGGCAGUGACACCAAUGAGAGCGACCCCUGACCCUCAAGUAGAGAAAACACACAUACUGAAUCUGUUACGACAAGGGCAGCUAAAUGCAGCAUUUCAGCAGGCAUUGUCAGCGGCUAACCUUGAACUUGUGAUGAGUCUAUGUGAGACAGUAAAUCCAUCACAAGUUUUCAACCAGCAACCAUGUCCCUUACACCAGCCUGUCCUCCUAUCACUCAUACAGCAGCUGUCAGCUGAUCUAGAAAAUCAUACAGAUCUUAAAUACAAAUACUUGGAAGAAGCUGUGAUGAACCUUGACCCCCAUGAUUCUGUCACACAGGAACAUAUGAAAGGAGUGUUGUAUGCCCUAAACCAAAAACUAAGAAUAUAUAUCCCAGCUCACCCUAAUGACAAGGUGACAAGAUCACUAAAAAUGUUGCUCAUGGCCUCAGAGUCCUUGAUCAAAUAAAUUGGUGCUUUUUUCUUCAUUACUAUCAUUCAUAAAUGGUGUAAAAGUAAAAAUUGAUGAUUAAAAGUGUGAAAAUGGUUAAGAAAAUGAAGUGCCAUGGUUCAAGGAUCUGAAGUUCAAAAGACUGGAGUGAUAAAUAAUUGAAAGAACUUGGUGAACAAUUAAAGGUUUAUAAAAAAACAUUCAAUCUUCAAAUAUUACAUGAUGUGUAUGUUAAUUUAAGAACAGAAUAAUCAGUUCAGCAGUCAUUUUGUAGAAUCCAUGUUAUUGUUUUAUCACCUUUAUCAGUUGCAGGUUCAAAAUAGUUCAAGACUUGUAUUAGCAUAUUCUAUUAGAAGUUUGUAUUCUCAUUAAUGUUAAGAAAUACUUAAAUAUUUUGUUCUGACAUAAUUCACAGGAGAGUAAAACUGUACCCUGUUAAUUGAUACUAUUAUGUUUAUUAUUUGACUUAAUAAAUGAUUUGGCAACAUUAUGCUGUUAGUAAGCUUUUUUUUCUUAAGAGUUGACCUUGUUUUGUUGUUUUCUUUUUACAAAGAUUUUCAAAUAAUGUCAAUUUGAUGUUAGAUCUGUGUUACUUAUCAACAGUACCAACUUUAAAGGUAAUAAAGUGAAACUUGUGCUUAGUUUUUAAUUUUAUCUUAAGAUUUUUUUGGAGAUAUUUUUUAUUAAAUGCCUCAUUUAGUUGUAGGUUCAUUUUAGUUGAGCAGUUAGAGUUAUGUAGGUUUUGUACACAGUACCAAAGUUAUUUCGUAUUUUGUUACAAUGUAGUUUUGUAUAUAUUUUUGUUUUAACUGAGAAUAGGAAAUUAGCAGAUGGCUAAAUUAAAGUAUUAAAAACUCAUUAAAACUGU